GGAGCCGGGCGGGGACUGCGGGCGUUGCGUGGAAGCCGCAGCUGGGCCGUGUCAAAAGCCGCCUUGCGCCCCGGAAGGCCUGACUCCCCGCCGGCCAGCCGGCAGCCCUCCUUCCUGGGUGGCUCAGUCCGCUAAGGCCUGGCAGGCUCUCAGAUUAGGGCACACUCUUGGUCCCUACGUGCAGGGGGAGUAAGUCGCGGGCUUUAUUUGGGGAGACUUGGGGCAUAUCCCCGGUUUGCUUUGGAUUAGAUAGGGAUGCGUGUGUUGACACUGGCGAGUUCACCGGCCGGCCCGGGGAUGGAACCUCUGGAGUGACAGCUGAGCCCUGAGUGGAGACGCCCACACCCGGAGGCAGGAAGCGGACAUUUUACUUCAAAUAAGAAACAUGGUGAAACUAAUCCACACAUUAGCUGAUCAUGGUGAUGAUGUCAACUGCUGUGCAUUCUCCUCUUCCCUCUUGGCCACUUGCUCUUUGGACAAAACAAUUCGCCUGUACUCCCUCAGUGACUUUACUGAACUGCCCCACUCACCAUUGAAGCUUCACACCUAUGCUGUCCACUGCUGCUGUUUCUCCCCUUCAGGACAUAUUUUGGCUUCCUGUUCAACAGAUGGUACCACUGUCCUAUGGAAUACUCAAAAUGGAGAGCCUUUGGCAGUGAUGGAACAGCCCAGUGGUAGCCCCGUGAGGGUUUGCCAGUUUUCCCCAGACUCCACUUGUUUGGUGUCAGGCGCAGCUGAUGGAACGGUUGUUUUGUGGAAUGCUCAGUCAUACAAGUUAUAUAGGUGUGGUAGUGUUAAGGAUGGCUCCUUGGUGGCCUGUGCAUUUUCUCCUGAUGGAAACCUCUUUGUCACUGGCUCCUCGUGUGGAGAUUUAACAGUGUGGGAUGAUAAAAUGAGGUGUUUGCAUAGUGAAAAAGCACAUGAUCUUGGAAUUACCUGCUGUGAUUUUUCUUCACAGCCAGUUUCUGAUGGAGAGCAAGGUCUUCAGUAUUUUCGAUUGGCAUCAUGUGGUCAGGAUUGCCAGAUCAAAAUUUGGGUUGUUUCUUUUACCCAUAUCUUAGAGAAAUUACAUAUACCUGAUUUAAAAAUUGGAUGCUCAUCACUGAUUAUGACCUCAACACCAUCACCACACCCAUUUCUGCUGACCAGAGGUUUUGAAUUAAAAUAUAAAAGUACACUGAGUGGGCACUGUGCUCCUGUUCUGGCUUGUGCUUUUUCUCAUAAUGGGCAGAUGCUAGUCUCGGGAUCAGUGGAUAAAUCUGUCAUAGUGUAUGAUACUAAUACUGAGAAUAUACUUCACACAUUGACUCAGCAUACCAGGUAUGUCACAACUUGUGCCUUUGCACCCAAUAUCCUUUUACUUGCUACUGGUUCAAUGGACAAAACAGUGAACAUCUGGCAAUUUGAUCUGGAAACAACUUGCCAAGCAAGGAGCACAGAAGACGAGGCGAAGCAAUUUCCUGAAGACUGGUCAGAGGAUGAUGUUUCAGUGUGGCUUUGUGCCCAAGGUUUAAAUGACCUUGUUGGUAUUUUCAAAAUGAAUAACAUUGAUGGAAGAGAAUUGUUGAAUCUCACCAAAGAAAGUCUGGCUGAUGAUUUGAAAAUUGAAUCUCUAGGGCUGCGGAGUAAAGUGCUGAGGAAAAUUGAAGAGCUCAGGACAGAGGUGAAAACCCUUUCUUCUGGAAUUCCUGAUGAAUUUCUAUGUCCAAUAACUAGGGAGCUUAUGAAAGAUCCUGUCAUUGCAUCAGAUGGCUAUUCAUAUGAAAAGGAAGCAAUGGAAAAUUGGAUCAGCAAAAAGAAACGUACAAGUCCCAUGACAAAUCUUGUUCUUCCUUCAGUGGUACUUACACCAAACAGGACUCUGAAAAUGGCCAUUAGCCGAUGGCUGGAGACACAUCAAAAAUAAAAUAGUUUAUAUUGUAUAUAUUUUUCAGUGAUCUCAUUUGAAUGAUUUCAAGGUAAAUACUAAUCAGAUAUUAAAGCAAAACAGGAGAAAAGUGAAUUUACUUACCUGUAAAAACUUAUUCUUUGAAUUAUAUGGACAAAAUAACAUAUCUGACCUCCUUUCCUACUAUAAAAGCCUUUUUUGUACGUGAAAGAUAUCUUAAUCUGUGGAGAAAUAAAGUUUUACUUUGACUUAAAA